AUGGCAAGAUUUUCUCACACAUUCCCACUAUUCCUUUUCUCUCUCUUAUACUUCCAAAAUGGGAACCAAUUAGCCACCGCCACAGCCACCGCCACGGCGGCGGCGGCGGCCACCAACCCCGCCGCCAGCUUCAUCAGAAGUUCCUGCCGGGCCACCAGGUACCCCUUGGUCUGCGUCCGGUCCCUCUCCACUUUCGCCUCCACAAUCCAUAAAAGCCCAAAGCAGCUUGUCAUGACGGCCCUAUCCGUGAGCGUGGACCGGGCCCAGUCCACUAAGGCGUUUGUCCGCAAGCUGUCCACGAUCCGGGGCCUCAAGCCCAGAGAGUAUUCAGCCCUCAAGGACUGCCUGGAGGAGGUGGGGGACAGCGCAGACAGGCUGGGUGACUCGGUCCGCGAGCUCAAGAGGUUGGGCCGGGCCGGUGGGCCCGAAUACGAGUGGCACAUGAGCAACCUCCAGACGUGGGUUAGCGCUGCCCUGACGGACGAGAGCACGUGCUUGGAUGGAUUCGCGGGCCGGGCCCUGAACGGCAAGAUCAAGAGCUCAAUCAGGGCCCGGAUGACCGAAGUGGCCCAGGUCACCAGCAAUGCCUUGGCACUUUGCAAUCAAUUUGCGGGAAAAUAUUAA